UAAAUACUUUGCUCGCCAUACGAAAAAUCAUUUUUCAUUUCGUUGUUGAUCUGUCAUUACUGCGUAAGAGAUUCAAAAAUGUCUGGUCGUGGUAAAGGAGGUAAAGUUAAGGGAAAGAGCAAGACUCGUUCCAGCCGUGCAGGAUUGCAGUUCCCCGUAGGAAGAAUUCAUCGACUGUUGAGAAAAGGCAAUUACGCCGAGAGAGUAGGUGCUGGUGCUCCCGUCUAUUUAGCUGCCGUAUUGGAAUAUCUAGCCGCUGAAGUAUUGGAGUUGGCAGGAAAUGCCGCAAGAGACAAUAAGAAGACAAGAAUCAUACCGAGACAUCUUCAAUUGGCCGUAAGAAAUGACGAAGAAUUGAAUAAACUGCUUUCUGGUGUCACCAUCGCCCAAGGUGGUGUCCUUCCUAACAUCCAAGCAGUGUUGCUGCCCAAGAAAACCGAAAAGAGUUAAAUCUCUUUCAUCUAUUCAACGGCCCUUUUCAGGGCCAAUUCUUUCUUGGUAAAGAGUAGUCGUUGGUGUCGAUUUUAAACGUUUAUAUUUGACUUGAUUUAAUUGCUUUUUAUUCUAAAUUAAUUUUAAGAAACGUGUAAGUAUCGGAUUUUAUAAAUUUUGAAUGUGUAUUUGAAAUUAAAAUCGUAUAUAUAAGGAACUACAGAUGUAAUUGUAAAAAAUAAAUGUUCAGUUUAAACAGGUAA